AUGGGUAGAAUAAAACUAAUUUAUGUGUUUUUACCUUUUGUGAUUUCCCAUGAAAUUGAAGAGAAAGCAAGACCGACUUUUACAAAUUUUAGAAAAAAAGUUGAAGAAGUUUUACCAGAAACGACUCCCGCUGAAGACGAUACUUCAAAUAUUGUAUCGUUUUUAGUUAAAAAUGUUAAAAAACUAUUUGGUUCACGUUUAGUAUUAAGUGAUGUUGACCAGAAUAUAAAUGAAAUUACUACGCCUUUAUACGAAAUUAAUACAACUAAUUCCAUAAUUUUAAUGCAUAAAAACCAAACCAUAACAAAAUCGUCUUUGGAUCUACCCACUGAUGUAAACGCGGUGACGAAUUUCCUAAUACAGGAUUUAUUGAUAAAGAAUGAAUUGCUUAACCUAUCUAGAGAUUUAGAUGCUAUAUCGAAGGCGGAAGCUACAGAAAAAUAUAUUAAGGUUAUUAAAUCUACAGAUGAUACAAGUACCGUAUUGGUAUCCCAGGAACCAAAUAUUACAAUAACUAGAAAGUCUUGUAUAUUCUGUAACAACGUUGAUAUAGAAGAUUGUACUGAUCCUCAAAAUAAAUUAAUACCAUCAACCGUGUGCGAACAAGAUGAAGAUUUGUGUUAUUCCCAGCAUACUCCAUUUGGCAUAAUUGAUCGUGGCUGCUUCAAUAUAAAUCGCAAUGUUACGGUGUAUGUUUGUUCGUGCAAUCUGUGUAAUUACCUCGCCAUUUCUGAAAUGCCGCAAAUAUUUUCUUCAAAGCGAGAUUGGAUUGAAAACGUCAUAGAAAUGUCUAGGACGAAGCGUUUCCGACUGUCUGUCUUCAAAGAUAUGACUUGUUUGCGAUGUGAAGCCAACGUAACAAGGAUCAGUAAAGACAUUGUCGAGAGCACCAAUUGUUUGGAAGGCAAUAUAGGUGCGUUACCAAUCCAAGAAUGUACGGAAGACGAGAUUUGCGGAGUACGGGCCAUACGAAGCGAAGGCUACCUCUGGCGUGGUUGUAUCUCACGUCCCUUGUACAACUAUUGGUGGAAUCUGUGUGACACGGAUUUAUGUAAUUAUGACGCCUUGGUAUCCAUGUACGAUAACUUUUGGUAA